AUGCGUUUCACCACCUUCCUCGUCUCUGGCGCCCUUGCUGCCGUUGCUGUCGCUCAGUCUACCACUACCACUGCCAGUGCUCCUAAGUCUUCUUCCGAGAUUUGCCUUGCGAAGUGCCCCGCGGGUGACGUUGUGUGCCAGUCUCACUGCAUCACUGUUCCCUCUCCCAACGACCAGAACGCCAACGACACCACCAAGUGUGCGGCGGAUUGCAAGCAGGGAGACGGCUCCCAAGCCCAGACCGAGGCGUUCGCCAAGUGCGUCCAGGAUUGCAUUGCCAAGCACUUCUAUGUCUCCAGCGAGGGAACGCCCAAGGCUACCGGAGGCAGCGGUGGCUCCGGUUCUGGUUCUGGCUCCGGCUCCGGCUCCGAUGCCACCGCUACCGGCACUGGUGCCUCUCCCACCAAUACUGGUUCUGGCUCUGGAACACAGACUACUGGUUCAGGUUCGGGUACUGGUACCCAAACUGGCUCUGGUGCCGCUGCCAGCAAGACCGGUGCCGCUGCUGGCUUGACUGUUGGUUCUUCUGGCGCUUUCAUUGGUGCUCUUGCUGCCCUCCUUGCCCUGUAA